AUGAGACGCACGAUCCCGCCACGCCUUACAGCAGUAAGACCGCGAUUCCUAGCAAGAAAUGUAUCAACAAAAUCUAUCACCGCGUCGCGUGGCGGGUUGAUCCGUUUCGUUUCCCAAGCGGACGGCAAAACAUACUAUGGUCUCGCCGACCAGCAUCUCCGUGACGCCGAGACUUUGUCGACCGGCCAUCCCUUUAGCGGACUCGCAAAGCCGACGGGUGUCCGCCAGCCCGUCUCCCGGUUGCUCAGUCCUCUGGCCCGCGAUGACUGCCGAGGAAUUGUCUGCAUCGGCCUCAACUACAGGGACCAUGCCGAUGAGGCCAAGAUGGCCAUUCCUACCGUCCCUGUUGUCUUCUAUAAGCCUGUGACGGCCCUGGCAGGGCCUAAUGAUGAUAUGGUCAUUCCCCGCGCCUCGUGGGAGAAGGGAGCUUUGGAUUACGAGGCCGAGCACCUCAAGCUGACCUCUGCGACGAAACAGGUCAUCGUGAUCGGAAAGGAGGCCUCUCGAGUCUCUGAGGCGCAGGCGCUAGACUAUAUCUAUGGAUACACUGUCGGAAACGACUUUUCCAACCGGACCUGGCAGCUGGACAAAACACUAAGCGGCGGCCAGUGGUGCUUCUCCAAGAGCUUCGAUACAUCGGCUCCCAUCGGGCCAGCCAUCGUUACCAAGGAGGCGCUAGGCGAUGCGGCUAAUCUUUCUAUCCGUGCCAGUCUCAACGGAGAGACGAUGCAGGACAGCAACACCAGCCAAAUGAUCUUUGGCGCCGCCAAACUCGUGUCGUUUUUGAGCCAGGCCAUGACUCUGCUGCCCGGUACUCUGAUCUUCACGGGUACUCCGGCUGGUGUUGGCCUCGGAAGGUCGCCGCAGGUGGUGGUCAAGGAGGGAGACGUACUCGAUGUUGAGAUUGGCGGCAUCGGGAAGAUCAGCAAUCGGGUUGUGUACGAGAAGUGA